AUGGCCAAUAACUCUUGUCUCGUCAUUGUCUCUCUCAUUGGAGUUCUUUUGUUCACCAUCAUUUCAAAUGUGGCAUCAUCUAACGAUGUCGUUUCCACCAUCUGUCCAAAAACUUCAAAUCCACCAUUUUGUUCAACCAAGUCACUUACAACAACCACCACCAAUCCUCAACUUAAGCAACGAUAUUCGUCUUGUGCUGAGAGCUAUGAUGAAGCUGUUGGUGACAUUGAAAAUGGCCAAAAGGACUUGGCACUUGGUGACUUUAAUGCUGUCAAUAUUGUAACUUCUGGUGCCAUGACAGAGAUCGACGACUGUCAGGAUAAGUUCUCGCAGCCGCCGAAGGAUACAUCGUUGCUUUUGAAGAAUGGCAAGACUCUAAAUGAUAUAUGCAGCAUUAUUUUGGUUAUAUCUAAUCAUCUUUGA